UUGGUAUUGACACCAAAAACUGUAGUAUUACUAACCAUUCUGGGAGAUCAACUUCGAUUACUGCUUUAUUUAGACAAGGGGUUUCUAUAGUAACAAUGAUGGCAAUUACAGACUAUAAAAGUGAGUUCUCUUAUUGGGUUUAUGCAAGACCUUCUGGAAAAGAUAAGGAAGAUGCAUUAUCAAGCUUGAUCAAUAAUAUUGAGCUAUCCUUAAAACAAGUUGAUAACUGUAUUGAAAACUUAACUGCUACUCAAGAUAAUACGCAAGAUAAUCAAGCUAAACUUUUAGAAUCAAAG